GGGAAUCUGAUUGUGGGAUUUUAGGGUCCUGCUGCUUAAUAGGGGUUUUUUUUGGGUUGUUUCUGUAACAUUACACCUGACAAUUUAUUAAAUAUGGGAGAGAAGUUGCAAAGUCAAAAAACCUAUUCCUGUUCUUUUUCUGAUUGCAAACCUUUGGAGCCAGAGGCUCAUCUGUGCAAACACACAUUGGAACCAUUUUCCUGUGGAAACUGUGACAAGAGUUUCUACACUCAACAUCAGCUCACCAGGCAUGAGUUGAGUCAUCGUGAGGAGAAUCCUAUCACAAAGAACCAUGCAUCCAACGUCAAGGAGCUCCAGAAAAACCACUUUCAUUGUGAUCAUGAGGGAUGUGGAAAGGAGUUCCACAAAAGAAACCAGCUGAAAGCUCACAUGUGUGAGCAUCAACCUCUGUUUGCAUUUCAUUGUAGAUUUCCUGGAUGUGCUAAAGAAUUUCUCAGCCAUGGAAAAAGGAAGCACCAUGAGAAAGUGCAUCAAGGUUAUUCCUGCAACAUUGAGGCGUGUCCCUUUCAGGCUAAAACGUGGACUGAGCUUCAGAAGCACAAAAAAGAACAUCAAGUUAAGGUGCCAUGUGGAGAGUGCCAAAGGCUUUUCAGCAACAAGUGGUUCCUGCACCUGCAUGAGUUGCGUGUCCACUCUGAGGUGAGGAGGCUUCUUUCAUGCCCCAGAGAAGGUUGUGACAGGAAGUUCACAUGGCGCUUCAACUUGGAGAGUCAUGUUCUGGGAGACCAUGAGGGGAAGAAGCCUUUCAGCUGUGCUCAUCCUGGCUGUGGGAAGAGCUUUGCCAUGAAGGAGAGCCUGUGGAGACAUGGAGUGGUGCACGACCCUGCAAAGAAGAAAAUGAAGAAACUGGAAUCCAAAAAGAAUUCUCCAAAACAGAAGAAGCAACAGAUCCCACCUGAGGCUGCAGCCAGUCAAGAGGAAACCAACAAGCUAGCUGCAAGCCUGCAGUCUACAACUUUAAAUGAUGUAUCUUGAAGUGGCUCCAUUGAAACAAUCAUCUUGUUUUUGUGUGAAAAGCUUCAUUAAAGCAUCAAACCAGC